UAUAAAAUCUCUCACGUGAGCGAGGUGGUGACAUCGAGUCCACUUCCUGCCAACGUCACCACCGCUCUCCUAUUCGAGAUCGGAGAAGAGAAAGAGGGUUUUGGCCCUCUGCGUUCUGGUUCUCGAGAUCAGGAACCCUUCUCGGAACCCUAGCUCGUCGAUCCCUCGCCGAUCGAUGGGCUUUUCCGGUCCCCACCGGCUCGAUAUCUUCGAGAUCUACGCGAGAUACUGCGGUAUUGUAUCAACAAAUGACCAUGCUACCUCAAAGGAAUUGUUGGCUGUGCUUUCAAAAUCAUUGGAGUGUAGAGGGCGAUCAGGGGAGGCAAUUUUUAAUGACCUUUACAAGCUUAUGUCAUGCCUUGACUUGUCUGUAGAUUCUCGUAAUUUCAAUUGCUUCUAUGAUUUUGUCUUCUUCUUUUGCCGUGACAAUGGGCAGAAGAACAUCACUGUACAUAGGGCCAUAACUGCCUGGAGAUUAGUUUUGAAUGGAAGGUUUCGAUUGAUUAACCAGUGGUGUAAGUUUGUUCAGGAACAUCAGCGUCAUAAUAUAUCUGAGGAUACUUGGCAACAACUUCUGGCCUUCAGCCGCUGUGUAAACGAAGAUCUUGAAGGUUAUGAUCCGAAGGGUGCUUGGCCUGUUCUCAUUGAUGACUUUGUUGAGCAUAUGUACAGCCAUGUUUACAUGGUGUUCUUUUCCAAAUGCAGAACUAGCCGCUCCAAGAGUUGCAGCACUCAGGAUUAUAUUUCUGGCUGUGCUGACAUGGAAGCACAACCUAGCAUAUCUAACACUUUCAGAUUGAAUCUGCUCCCUGGAUCGAAGAGGAAGUCUCCUACAGAUGCUGGUGAGCACUGUGAGGAAGAAUCAAGGCCUUUAGGGAACACGAGCUCAGAUCAUGUGAUGGAAUCCAAGCGAGUGAAGCAGACUUUCUUUGCCAGACCUUGGGAGUCUGACUUAGCUAUGAGUACAAUUGAUGGCACGGUAGAUUACCAUGCUGAAAUGAAUAAACAUAGUUCGCUUGGUUGUCUUCAAACCUCAGCAUGUGCUGUGGAGGAUAGCUUAUCCAAAGGUUUUGAAGGAUACCUUUCCAUCGGGUGCUGUUUUCAGUUUGAUCAGAAAAGCAGGGUUUGAUACGCAUGAAUAUACCUCAAACCUCAGCACGAGCUGUAGAGGAUAGUUUAUCCCAAGGUUUUGAAGGAUACCUUUCUGGAGGGUGCCGUUUCCAGUUUGAUCAGAAAAGCAGGGUUUCAUACACGAAUAUUCCUCCAGGUUACAAGCUGCAGAAAAGUUUGGUUCUAGCUCAUGCUUUAAUUAUUUAUGAAUUUCUGUGGUCUUCCCUAUUGCUACAGUUUAUUCUUAUGGCAUAUAUUUUCAUGAUUUGUUCACGUAAUGUAUUUAAGCUUGGCAAUUUUUUCUCAAUGUUUGAACUUGAUGUAUCAAUAAGUAAAAGAGGAUGAAAUCUACAUUUUUCAUGAGUUUGUUUUCU